UAGUGAGAUCCCAGGACAGAAGAUCUGAAGUCUGAAGAUGCAAGACUUAGUGUUAGGUUUUCUUACAUUUCUUUGUUGCCUCAAAGGUCUAACAUGUUCAAAAUGGAGCAUAAACAGUCAGCCUCAAGUUAACGGCUCACUGGGACAGAAUGUGAUUCUUCCCUGCUCCUUCACACACCCUAAACAAGACACCUACACCGGCAUCAUCAGUGUCAUGUGGAUGCAGGAAAACAAAAAAGAGCCUGUUUUUCAGUGCAGUCUGUCCAACAAGACCAACAGUCAAGACGGUAACUGCACUCAAAGACCAUCAAAGAGAUUCUGGCUUCACGGUAACCCCAGGAAAAGAGACCUUUCUUUGGCUAUCUCUAAUUUACAGUUGUCCGAUGGUGCAAAGUAUGCCUGUAGGUUGAUACUGGAUUAUGAAAAAGCUCAGCGCGCCACAGAGCUUAUCGUCCACGCACCAGCACGAAUCCUCAUCUUAUCUCAGUAUUUGGAGCUCACAUCACACGCAAUGCUGGUGAAGUGCAUUGCCCAAGGAAAUCCAGUGCCAGAUGUAAAAUGGACCUUAUCAUCUGGGCAAAAUGUUUCAGCCACAACCGAACGCCACAAAUACAUGGUCAUGAGCUCAGUUCAGUUCUCCGAGCAGGACGUCUACACUUGUCAAGCUGUGAACUCACUGGCUCGAGCUCAAAAAACAUUUCCACCAGAUCCGCGCAGUUGUUCUGCUCCUUUGGUGGCGACUGGUGUUCUGGCGUCUGUGCUGGCGCUUGGGCUUCUACUGUUCAUUUGGAAUUUGAUACGAAAAAGGCAAAGUGAACGAGGAGCCAUGGAAAAUUAUUUAGGUGCACAGCAGGUUAAAAGCUCUAUCUAUGAAGCUAAUGAGACUGUGUAUGCCAAUGUCAGGACUUUACCACCUGAUGCAUCUGCACAAGACAAAAUGUACUCAACAUGGCCGCCAUCGGAGGAAGCAAGGGCAGAAGUGAAUCCCAGAUUUCAGAGCCAAAGAAGGGCCACAAAGGUUCAUCCCGCGACAGCCCCGACAGCACCGGUGGAAAGUGACAGAUACUAGUGAGCCAGCUUUUGGUAAAAUGCCAGCAGUCCUCAAAGGAAGUAAAAUCAAAAUGGAAAAUCAAAAAUCUUAAAGUAAAAUUACCUGAGCA